AUGGCGCAAAAUGCAACCUCGGAACCACAAAGCAAAUAUGAUGAAGGCUCAGAGACUUACCUGCCCGUGCAUUCCAAUCCAAAUAAUCCGUGGGGUACGACUUUGGAGGAACCCUGGAUACAGGAGCUAGGGGAGUAUUUCUGUACUCACCAAAGCACACGAUUUACCAAUACGGAUAUGCAAUGGCUUUUCGACAAUCAGCUCUCAUCUGAGGUAGAACAAGAAUGGCCUCCCGAGCAGACCCUCCAUAUCUCUGAAGCAUUGACAAUAGUCACGCCACUCAGAGAUACGGCUACUAUUACUGCAGAAAUUUACAACAUCAACGGCCAGCUGCCACCCAUAUAUAUGCAAGAAUUGCAUUCCAAAAUCUACGUAGCCAAGACAGGCGAAUUCGACCCUCCAAGCUGCGGCUUCCGAGUAUGCAAUGCUCUCACAGACGAACGCCGCAUUGAGCUUCUCAUGGAUUUACGCAAUAUCAUAGAUGUUGAUGUUCGUGAUCCUAUUUUCUCUUUGAAUAGCAUGAAACAAGGGAUACAUCUAUUUUGUCGAAAUGUCAAUAUCGAAUAUGCUUUUAUCCAUCAUGAACUCAUCUGCUCGUCCUCCAAAGAGAAUCUGCAGGCCGUGAUUGAUGUCUUUGGAGAGGAGUCAGGUCCCCAACUAAUCUGGACCAUCAUAACCCUAGGGUGGACGUUGAUGAGAAGCGACAAUAACCACGAGUAUCACAUGUCGUCAAAGAUACAGCGAGCUAUCAGGACUUCCAUCAUCAAUGUACCAUUGCCACCUGUUCGUCCACCGAAAUAUGCUGACUUUUGCCCCAAGCACCCUGGGUUGACGAAUACACCCCCAGUGUGGAUAGUCCAAACCUUGUUCUUAGCUCUUUUAUUCGCCAGAUAUCAGGGAACUCGCGAAGAGUAUGGAUUUGCGUCCAUGUUUCAUGGCGUUUUGAUCGAGGCCAUUCGGCGCAUAGAUUAUAGAUUGAUUCUCCAGACGUUUGCGCUCGAUGUAAAGCAUGCAAUUCUGCAUGGCGGUGAGGUUUCAAUGACGCCUUUUGAAUUGAACUUGAGACUCCCCUUUUCAGAGGAUACGUGGUAUGCCACAUCUGCAACCGAAUGGGCACAGCUUUUCAUGGGUAUCAAAGAAGAGGCUGAGCCAGUAUCAUUCCUGCCAAUGCUGAAGAAGUCGUGGAAUCCUCAUUCGACCAAAAUCUUGAAUGAGACCCUUCCUCGUGGUGCAAGCAUCAUCAUGUAUGGCCUAAUAUCGAUCGCUCGAGAGUUAUCCCAUAGGGAGGACAACAGCCUCUCUAGCCGAUCGAGCAAUAGUCUCAUUUGGCUCGGGCAUAAAGCUAGGCGUUCAUUCGAAAUUUGGGAAGCCUCUUGGAAGAAGGUCCCAGCUCCCCUAGGCCUCAAGAGCUUUGCUUGGCGUGACUGUUUGUGUGUGGUUAGGCUUGCACACACCCUCUACGAAAUCAGUCCCAUGGAUCUUCAGACGGUCGCUGGCAAAGAAGUCAUUGAAGGUAAGAGACGGGGGGCCGCUGAUUAUGCACAGUCCAAGAGGAAGUUGCGCCUAUGGGCGAAGCACGAUCGUGCUUCAUUAGGAGUAUCUUACGCGGCGACUUUGUUACAAGAGCGGCUCAAUGAAGAGUCACCACAGACACACUGCCACCACUGCUUGUGGUGCUUAUAUCUCGCCUGUCUGAUAUGUUGGAAUUUCGGGUUUGCACUCACGAAAACAACAACCUUCUCUAGGGAAUUGGUCCGUGAUGGACAAAUCAUGUCGAUGGACCGGGCCGAGAAGCAAUGCCGAGAGUAUCUCCACGUAGCCACCAACAUGCAUCAGGAGGCUGGCGAACAAAGUAUGGUGAUUCUCAGCAAGCCGUGUGGAAUGCUGAUUGUUGUGAUUGAGUUCCUGAGAGCUCGAUGUGAAGCAGGCAUGAUUGAAGAGAGUAUCGAGUGCUUGAAUCGUCUCGUUGGGACGUCUGGCUCGGAGCAGUGA